CCAUGGCCGACCCUGAGAAGCAGGGACCCGCUGAGAGCCUUGCCGAAGUCGAGGUAAUGGAGGGAGCCCCGGGUAGCGAGGAUGCGGCGACCGCCAAAGGUGGGGCUGCGCCCACCGCCGAAGAGCCACAGGCUCCCGCUGAGAACGCACCCAAGCCCAAAAAUGACUUUAUCGAGAGCCUGCCCAAUCCUGUUAAGUGCCGAGUUCUUGAACUCAAAAAGCUACAGAAACACUGCGAUAAGAUAGAGGCCAAUUUUAACAAGGAGUUCCAGGCUCUGGAGAAAAAGUACAACGAAAUCUACAAGCCCCUUCUUGCCAAGAUCCAGGAGCUCACUGGAGAGAUGAAGGGCUGCCCGUGAACCCCGGAGGAAAAUGACGACUAGGAAGAGGAAGACGAGGAGGAAGAAGAGGCAACAGCCUGCGCGACGGGGGGUCCUGAGUCCGCCAAUAAGUGA